UUACGUGUGCAGCACCAUUUCGGUUCAACCAAUACUGCUGUGACCGGUCACCGGUUACACCCGGUCAUAAUAAACAUUUGACUUUCUUAUAUUGAAAAAAUAGCCACAAAUCCAACCACCACGAACGAUUUUCCUUUCUCUUUUUGCUCCGAUCUGUGUUAACCACACGCUUUCAAUUGCUUGUGGCCGGCCCGUUCUGCAACUUCUCCGGCAAUCAUUGGAAUUCGGAAGUUUUUACCUCUGUUUUCCGGAUCAAAAGAAAUGGAUUUCUUCUUCAGAACACAGAGUGAGGAGACAUCUGAUUGCUCCUUCAAUGGCCAGGACAUUCAAAGAUGCCCGUUCUUGAGUAACAUCAACAAGCCAACUAACUUUUCUUUCUUUUCUGCUCUGAACUUUCCCAACCCUAUGAAGGGAGGUAAAGGUCCAAUUUUUGAAGAUGGCCCCAACUUCGAUAUGGCAUUUAAAGUCUUCCAUGGAAAAGAUGGGGUUGUCCCACUAUCUGGAAGAUCUCAAUUUUCUAAUGACAACAUGGAAGUAGAGUCUGCCCCUCAAUUUCAUCCUUUAGCUGCAAAAGCUGCCACCAUAAGUUUGUCUUCAUUCGGAGCAGGGGGUCCUUUUAGUUUUGAUUCUUUCUCUCGGAAAUGGAAUUCACAGAAGAAGAAGCCGGAGUCAUCCAAAAAGAAAAGGCCUUCUUCUCAGGAUAAAUCUUCUAAGCACGAGGCAAUGGGAAAUGAGUGGUUGGAGUCAGGGAACUGUCCUAUCGCCAAAUCUUAUAGAGCUGUUAGCGGUGUUCUCCCACUUGUGGCAUCAGCUUUUCAGCUGCCUCCAGGAAUGAAGCUCAAAUGCCCACCUGCAAUUGUUGCAGCCAGGGCUGCCCUCGCCAGGACUGCUUUUGUGAAGACCGUGCGGCCACAACCACUAUCUUCAAAGAUGCUUGUUAUUGGAGCUUUGGGCAUGGCUGCUAAUAUUCCACUAGGCAUAUGGAGAGAGCACACUGAGAAGUUCUCACUUUCAUGGUUUACUGCAGUCCAUGCUGCUGUUCCCUUCAUAGCUAUGCUGAGGAAGUCAGUUGUGAUGCCCAAAACAGCUAUGGCAUUAACCAUUGCUGCUUCUAUCUUGGGACAGGUCAUUGGCUCAAGGGCAGAGCGACUUCGAAUGAAAGCAAAAGCCGAGAGUGUUAAAUUGGUAGCACAGACUGGCUCAGGUGGAGUUAUUGCACAGACUGGCACAGAUGCCGUUAUUGCAGGUCUCAACUCAAUCCAGGUCAGUGGUAUGCCUGGGGUUCAUUGUGGCACCCAGGGUAUGCUUAAAGACCAACCCUCGAAAGAACCUGCCAAUACUAUCUCUCCAUCUGCUAGUCUCUGUUUCUAAACUUUUUUAGAACUGGUAAUUAAGCAGUAGAUCUAUUAUGCUGCAAAUAAGAGGUGUGUGCCCCUUGCCAGAGAAAGCAAGAGAUUUAACAACAAUAUGCAUUAUUACAUGUUUAGUGUUUGUAUUAAAUUCUAUGUAAAGGAUACAUAUUUCCAUGACCUAUGUGGUCUGAGUGUUGCAGAAUCCUCAAAUACAAUGUACUAUUGGAUGGAACCUCAUUAAUAAUAUAUCAACCCAUCAUGUUCCCACAA